CAUAUAAGGGCAUGAAUGAAGCUGAAGGACUCAUUCCUUGCUUCUCAUAGUCAACAGAGGAAGAGCUCAGGUUGGCUUGAAAGCAGGAAGAGAUUGCCUGUCUUCCAGCCAAAUCCAGCCUCCAAAAUGAUCCAAGUUCUCUUGGUAACCAUAUGGUUAGCAGUUUUUCCUUAUCAAGGGAGCUCUAUAAUUCUGGAAUCUGGGAACGUUGAUGAUUAUGAAGUCGUGUAUCCACAAAAAGUCACUGCAUUGCCCCAAAGAGCAGUUCAGGCAAAGUAUGAAGACGCCAUGCAAUAUGAAUUUAAGGUGAACGGAGAGCCAGUGGUCCUUCACCUGGAAAAAAAUAAAGGACUUUUUUCAAAAGAUUACAGCGAGACUCAUUAUUCCCCUGAUGGCAGAGAAAUUACAACAUACCCCUCGGUUGAGGAUCACUGCUAUUAUCAUGGACGCAUCCAGAAUGAUGCUGCCUCAACUGCAAGCAUCAGUGCAUGCAAUGGUUUGAAAGGACAUUUCAAGCUUCAAGGGGAGACGUACCUUAUUGAACCCUUGGAGCUUUCCGACAGUGAAGCCCAUGCAGUCUUCAAAUAUGAAAAUGUAGAAAAAGAGGAUGAGGCCCCCAAAAUGUGUGGGGUAACCGAGACUAAUUGGGAAUCAGAUGAGCCCAUGAAGGCCUCUCAGAUACUGCUUACUCCUGAACAACAAAGAUACUUGUACGCCCCAAAAUACGUUAAGCUUAUCAUAGUUGUGGAUGAUGUAAUGGUCAGGAAAUACACCCACAAUUUAAUUGCUUUAAAAAAAAAAAUAUUUGAAAUCAUCAACAUUUUAACUCUGAUUUACAAAUAUUUGAAUAUUAAUGUAGCAAUGGUUGGCCUAGAAAUUUGGACCAAUGGAGAUAAGAUUAACGUGCAGUCAGCAGUGAAUAUCACUUUGGACUUAUUUGGAAACUGGAGAGAGACAGUCUUGCUGAAGCGCAAAAAUCAUGAUAAUGCUCAGUUACUCACGGGGAUUGACUUUGAUGGAAACACUGUAGGAUUUGCUUACAUAGGCAGCAUGUGCAUGCCGAAGCAUUCUGUAGGAAUUGUUCAGGAUCAUGGUAAAUCAUAUCAUUUGGCUGCAGUUACAAUGGCCCAUGAGAUGGGUCAUAAUCUGGGCAUGCAUCAUGACAGAAAUUCCUGUACAUGCCUUGCUCACUCAUGCAUAAUGUCUGCGACACUAAGCAACGAACCUUCCUAUCAGUUCAGCGAUUGUAGUAAGGAUGACCAUCUGAGGUAUCUUAUUAGUCAUACCCCACAAUGCAUUCUCAAGGAACCCUUGAGAACAGAUAUUGUUUCACCUGAAGUUUGUGGAAAUUACCUUGUGGAGGAAGGAGAAGAAUGUGACUGUGGCCCUUUAUGGAAUUGUCAAAAUCCAUGCUGCGAUGCUGCAACCUGUAAACUGAGACCAGGGGCGCAGUGUGCAGAAGGACUGUGUUGUUACCAAUGCAGAUUUAGGACAGCAGGAGCAGAAUGCCGGCCAGCAAGGAGUGUGUGUGAUUUGCCUGAACAGUGCACAGGCCAAUCUGCUGACUGUCCCACAGAUCGCUUCCAUAGGAAUGGACAACCAUGCCUAAACAACCAUGGUUACUGCUACAAUGGGAAUUGCCCCAUCAUGUUAUACCAAUGUAUUACUCACUUUGGGUUAGGUGCAACUGUGGGUCAUGAUGCAUGUUUUAAUAAAAACCUGCAAGGCCAAGGUCAUUUCUUCUGCAGAAGGGAAAACGGUAGAAUCUUUCCAUGUGCACCACAGGAUGUAAAGUGUGGCAGGUUAUACUGCAAACUUCAUAAUGACAACGCAUAUCCAUGCAGAUACAAAUAUUCAGAUGAUUAUUCAGAUGACCUCCUAGAUGAUGGAAUGGUUGAUCAUGGAACAAUAUGUGCAGUUGGAAGGGUCUGCAGAAACAGGCAGUGUGUUGAUGUGAAUACAGCCUACUAAUCAACCACUGGCUUCUCUCAGAUUUGAUUUUGGAGAUUCUUCUUCCAGAAGGUUUGGCUUCCCUCAAGUCCAAAGAGAUCCAUCUGUCUUUAUUCUACUAGUAAAUCACCCUUAGCUUCCAGAUGGCAUCCAAAUUCUGCAAUAUUUCUUCUCCAUAUUUAAUGUGAUUAUAUUUUGCUGUAAUCAAACCUUUUUCCCACCACAAAGCUCCAUGGGCAUGUACAACACCAAGGGCUUAUUUGCUGUCAAGGAAAAAAAAUGGCCAGUUUAUCAUUUGCCAAUUGCAAAGUACAUUUAAUGCAACAAGUUCUGCUUUUUGAACUGGUGUAUUCGAAGUGAAUGCUUCCUCUCCCAAAAUUUCAUGCUGGUUUUGCAAGAUGUAGCUGCUUCCAUCAAUAAACUAACUAUUCUCAUUCUG